UUGAGACACAGCUGGACUGACAGCUCUGUAUAGGAACAGCCAAAGACACUCGAGCCGAAUCAUUUCUUCUCUUCAAUGGCUCUUAGUGAAAGGCUUUAACUGUGGAGAUCUGCUCCUUAUUUCGGCCUUCAUGUCAAGCCUUUGGGAUAGUGUGCAUUCCGCAUUUCCCACUGUCCGCCUAUAGCUUGUCCAUGUCGGUCCGGCGCUUCUCGGGGGUCAUGGAGAGCUCCGGGUCCGCCGAGCCCAGGGAGCUGUUCGAGGCCUGCAGGAGCGGAGACCUGGAGCGGGUGAAGAAGCUCGUGUGCCCGGUGAAUGUGAACAGCAGGGACACCGCAGGGAGGAAAUCCACCCCGCUGCACUUCGCUGCGGGUUUUGGCCGUAGAGAUGUGGUGGACUACCUCCUUCAGCACGGAGCAAACGUGCACGCUCGUGAUGAUGGUGGCCUCAUCUCGCUCCACAACGCCUGCUCGUUUGGUCACGCUGAAGCCGUCAACCUGCUCCUGCAACACGGGGCCGAUGCCAACUCCAGAGACAACUGGAAUUACACCCCGCUGCACGAGGCUGCCAUCAAGGGCAAGAUCGACGUCUGCAUUGUUUUGCUGCAACAUGGUGCUGAGCCAACGAUCAGAAACACUGAUGGAAGGACAGCGCUUGACCUGGCUGAGCCCUCCACCAAAGCUGUACUGACCGGUGACUAUAGAAAAGAUGAACUCCUCGAGAGCGCACGAAGUGGAAAUGAAGAAAAACUGAUGAGCCUCCUCACACCAUUAAAUGUGAACUGUCACGCUAGUGAUGGAAGGAAGUCCACGCCUCUGCAUCUGGCCGCGGGUUAUAAUCGUGUGAAGACAGUGCAGCUGUUGUUGCAGCAUGGAGCCGACGUGCACGCUAAAGACAAAGGUGAUCUUGUGCCUCUUCAUAAUGCCUGUUCAUACGGUCACUAUGAGGUAGCUGAGUUGCUUGUAAAGCAUGGUGCUUGUGUCAAUGCUAUGGACCUGUGGCAGUUCACACCUUUACACGAGGCAGUCUCAAAAAACAGAGUGGAGGUCUGUUCGCUCCUGCUCAGCUACGGUGCUGACCCCACCUUCCUCAACUGCCACAACAAGAGCGCCAUCGAUCUGGCCCCGACCGCCCUGCUGAAAGAGCACCUGGCGUAUGAGUUCAGAGGUCAUGCUUUGCUGCAGGCGGCACGUGAGGCGGACAUGGCCCGCUUUAAAAAACACCUCUCCCUUGAGACCAUCAACUUCAAACACCCUCUAACCCAAGAAACAGCUCUACAUUGUGUCUCCACGUCGCCCUAUCCCAAGAGGAAACAGAUCUGUGAAUUGCUGCUCCGGAAAGGCGCCAACGUCAAUGAGAAGAAUAAAGACUUCCUCACACCUCUGCGUCUUGCCGCUGAGAAGUCCCACAAUGACAUCAUCGAGGUGUUGGUGAAACACGAGGCGAAGGUGGAUGCAGUAGAUAACCUGGGUCAGACGGCGCUGCACUGCGCGGCUCACUGCGGCCAUCUGCAGACCUGUCGGAUGCUCCUGAGUGCUGGAGGUGACCCGCUCAUCACCUCCCUACAGGGCUCGUCACCCUCCCAGCUCGCCAAUGAAAGCAUUCAGGAGAUACUGCAAGAGGGAGCAUGCACAGGCAACUCCGAUACAGACAGGCAGCUGUUAGAAGCCUCCAAAUCAGGAGAUCUGGAAGUCGUAAAGAAGCUCUGUACUCUUCAGAACGUGAACUGUAGAGACGUUGAGGGAAGGCAGUCCACACCUCUGCACUUCGCUGCGGGAUACAACCGUGUGGCUGUGGUGGAGUAUCUGCUGCAGCACGGAGCCGAUGUACAUGCUAAAGACAAGGGUGGUCUGGUUCCCUUGCACAAUGCCUGUUCUUAUGGGCAUUAUGAGGUGGCAGAGCUCCUCGUCCUUCAUGGUGCUGUGGUUAACAUGGCCGACCUGUGGAAGUUCACCCCACUGCAUGAGGCGGCCGCCAAGGGCAAAUAUGAGAUCUGCAAAUUGCUGCUUCAGCAUGGUGCUGACCCGACCAAAAAGAACCGUGAUGGAAACACCCCUCUGGACUUGGUGAAGGACGGAGACACAGACAUUCAGGAUCUGCUCAGGGGUGACGCAGCACUGCUGGACGCCGCCAAGAAAGGCUGCUUAUCUCGCGUUAAAAAGCUCUGCACUCCAGACAACGUGAACUGUCGAAACACGCAGGGGCGGCACUCCACACCGCUGCCCCUGGCAGCUGGCUAUAAUAAUCAGGAGGUGGCUGAAUAUCUGCUGCAACACGGGGCAGAGGUGAACUCUCAGGAUAAAGGUGGUCUCAUUCCCCUCCAUAAUGCUGCAUCUUAUGGGGCAGACGAUGUCCGAGCUCUCCUCACAGCAGCCAUGCCCCCCUCAGGGCUGCCGGUGUGCUAUAAACCCCAGGUUAUCAGCAUCUCUGCGUCUGUGGCGGUGGUGCCGUCGACUCUCAACUCGAGUCCAACACCGCUCUCUUCAAACUCCAGUAUGGCUGGCCAGUCCGGGACCUUCCCUGAGCUAAACACUCUACUACCGCCUUCUGGAGCUGAAGGAGACGUAGGCAUAGAGUUGAAAGAGGAGGAUCUAGCUGUAGAGUUGAGUAUCAGCCAGUUCCUUCACAACCUGGGAUUGGAGCAUUUGCUGGAGAUCUUUGACAGAGAACAGAUAACUCUGGACGUCUUGGUGGAAAUGGGCCACAAAGAGCUGAAGGAGAUUGGCAUCAAGGCUUACGGUCACAGACACAAGAUCAUCAAAGGAGUGGAAAGACUUAUUAGUGGUCCUCGGAGUUUAAACCCUUACUUGACCCUGAACACGACCAACAGUGGAACAAUACUGAUAGACCUCUCUCCAGACGACAAGGAGUUUCAGUCAGUUGAGGAGGAGAUGCAGAGUACGAUUAGGGAACACAGGGAUGGCGGUCAUGCGGGUGGGGUUUUCAACAGAUACAACAUUGUGAAGGGUCACCGUUCGUAAACGCCAUCAUUCACAAGGGCUUCGACGAGAGGCAUGCGUACAUUGGGG